UGGAAUGAUCAAAUUACUUUAGCAAUAAUACGACCGGAUUGCUUUCUCGAUCUCUAUGAUGGCGCUAACAUGACUGAUGCGCAUCGAUUUUUGGGUGGUGAAAUUAGUGAAGGUAAUAUUUAUCAUUUAUCAUGGUAUGCAUUUGAUAAUCGUACAAGUUCAUAUAUUUGUCAAUGUAAUGGUUUCUGGUAA